AUGUGCAAUGAAAUAUUGAAUUGUGCUAAUGGUGCAGAUGAAGUGUUUUGCAGAAUAACUGAUCCUCCAUGGAAUGACGCUUAUCAUGAUCGAUUUUUAUUAGACAUUGAUAUCGAUCCUCCGACAACUGUAACUGCACCCCUCUUAAUCAAAAACAUCGAAUAUAUCGAAUCAUUGCAAUACGAAAGGCAAUGGUACAAGGGGCUAACACUCGAUGUUAAUGCACGAGCGGCAUUAAAUCAGUUCGAUUGUGCUUAUCCAGUUGGUUUCACUGGAUUAAAAUGUGAAAAAGAAACAGCUCAUUUAAAUAUUCACUUGGAAUCGAAACUGAUUGCUAAAACAUCUUAUAUAUAUAUAUAUAUUUAUCAGUAUAUUCAAUCAGAUGAUUCAUAUAGACAUCUUUUGAAAAAUGUUCAAUUAGAAAAACCAUUACCAAUUUUUCAUCGAAAUCAAAAAUUACAUAAAUUCGAUUUUGCAUUUAUUCCACUAGCUAUAGAAAGAAAUCGUUGUCCAUAUAUUGAUCCCUCCUUCAAUGAGAAAAUAUUGAACUUUGUUUCAUUACAAAGAGCUAAAUUUGAUCAAGAACCAUACCAUAAUUACUCGACAUUAUUCUGUUUUCACAAUGACAUUUUCAUGUGUAUAUGCGAACGAUUUCGACUCACUCAAUGGUUCUUUGGUAACCUUUGCCGAUUUACAACAUCACAAUAUUCGAUUUCAUUUGAUGCUCCAAGUGGUCCAAUACUUGCUAUUGAAAAGGGAUUGUCUCAAUAA